AUGCACGUGCCAGAAUUUCAUCAGAUUGUCUCAUUGACAACCACCAAUAAUUCCAACGAAACAUUAGCAAUCAUUAUACAUAAUGAGAUUACCGAUGAACUGAAACGAUCAGUUUUCUAUACAAUUUUAAUUGCUGUUUGUUUAUCGAUAAUUAUUCUUUUGACUAUUCUCGGCAAUAUACUAGUUUUAAUUGCGUUGUGUAUCAAUUUUGCGCUUCGUUCACCAACGCAUUUAUUAAUGGGUAAUUUGGCAUGUGCUGACUUGCUCCUAGGUAUCACUGUUCUACCAUUUUCUGGAACUCUGGAAAUCCUCCAUGGUCAAUGGCUAUUCGGUCGAACAUUUUGCCAUAUAUGGUUAGCUAUUGAUGUUCUCUAUUGUACAGCCAGUAUCUACGGUUUAAUGUUCAUAUCUAUCGAACGUUAUAUCGGCGUGACGCGUCCAUUACGUUAUCCCAUUAUUGUUACUCAUCGUCGAACUGUAUUUAUCAUAUUAUUAGCAUGGACUGUUGCUGCCUUGAUAUCCAUAGCUCCUUUCUUCGGCUGGUCUAACAAAGUCAAAUCAAUAGACCGUGUUUGUGAAGUUAACGACGAUUUAUCCUAUGUUGUAUUUUCAUGUUCAUUCUCAUUUUAUAUUCCAUUAAUUGUUAUACUUUGCGUCUAUGGACGAAUCUACGGCGAAGCCAAUCGCCAAUAUCAAUUUUUAACUGGUGGACAGAAGAAAGUGCAUUUAAGUCAAACAGGUGGCGAAGAAGCUGUGACAUUGAGAAUACAUUUACCGAAACAGAUGUCGUUAACAACUUCGAAUGGUCAUCUCGCGCAUACGACUGCAAACGGAACUCAGAUCACUACGACUGGCUCGAAUAAGAUCUCAAGACUGAAACGUGAAAGAAAAGCCGCGAAAACUUUAGGAAUCGUUGUUGGAAUGUUUAUUCUUUGUUGGUUGCCGUUUUUUCUCUUAUUACCAAUUAAAGCAUUAACAUCGAUCGAUCCGGGUGUAGUGUUUUCCAUUUGUUUCUGGUUAGGCUAUUGUAAUUCCUGCUUCAAUCCAUUUAUUUAUGCAUUCUCAAGUCGAGAAUUUCGGAAAGCGUUCAAGUCAAUUUUAAGAUGUCAACGUCUUAAACAGUACAAACCAUCGCCGAACGUGCUUCGUAAAUCGUCGCCAAUAACUGGUUGGAAACGCUCGAAGGGUGGCGGUGAGCUCGAUGCUUCUCAUCCCGCACUAUACAAAUCGGAUUCGUCGACCAGUCGCCAAACUAUAAACGACAGUAAUCAUCGACAUGGUGUUUCAACAAAGAACACUCAAAAAACGAUUUAUAGUACGCAUCGAUCAUCUGUUAGUGAUUCAGUGGCACACACAAACAAUCGAAAAUCAUCAACACCCUCACUGGAUAAUACAAGUCCAUGGCAUCUUCGAAAGCCAAUUCUUGUCAGAUAG